AACAACGCUAGUCUUUACACUUGUAGUCGCAGUUACUGACAGAUGUAAUUCGAGGUUAUGGUUCCGCACGAGCGUUAUCGUGAUAAAAAAUGAUAUUAAGAAAUUUCCCACUUCAGUGGGUAUGCGGAUUAGUGUUGUUUAUCGUUAUUUUAUAUUUGAAAGUAAAAAUCAAUCAUUUGGAGGAUCAAAAUAGGAAAUUGGUUGAUACCGUCACUCGAAUUCAAAAUCAAGUUAAGACUCAUGGGACCGACGUUCGGCAAAAUAGGCUCGCAGCUUCGGACGAUAUAGUUAUUAUUUAUAAUAGAGUUCCUAAGACUGGUUCAACUAGUUUUGUAGGCGUUGUUUAUGAUCUAUGCAAGCCGAACAAAUAUCAUGCUCUUCAUAUAAAUGUUACGAAUAAUAUGCACACUCUAACUCUUCCAAAUCAAGUACAAUUUGUAAAUAAUAUAACGCAGUGGGAUGCUGUCAAGCCAGCUUUUUAUCAUGGACAUAUGGCUUUUUUAAACUUUGAGAAAUUUGGUGUAAAGAAAAUGCCUCUGUAUGUAAAUUUACUGAGGAAGCCAUUGGAUAGAUUUGUUUCGUAUUACUACUUCCUUCGUUACGGAGACAAUUUUAGACCUCACUUAAUCAGGAAAAAGCAUGGUGAUACAAAGACAUUCGACGAGUGUGUGAGAGCUGGACAAUCGGAUUGUGAUCCAAACAACAUGUGGUUACAAAUCCCCUUCCUGUGUGGUCAUGAUCCAGCUUGUUGGGAAGUUGGGAACAAGUGGGCUUUGGAGGAAGCUAAGAAAAACUUACAAAAACAUUAUUUACUUGUUGGUGUUACCGAAGAGCUUGAAGAUUUUGUGCAAACCCUCCAAGCUGUUCUGCCUCGAUUUUUUCGAGGCGCUUUUGACUAUUUUCUACACAACAACAAAUCACACCUUCGUCAAACAACGCGCAAAACGAAUCCUUUGCCGGAGACUGUGGAGAAAAUCCAAAAGUCUGUAGUGUGGAAGAUGGAAAAUGAAUUAUACAACUUUGCUCUUGCGCAAUUCCAUUCCGUUAAGAAACGUCUCAUCAACGCAUCCCCGCAAGAUGCUAAUCAACAUUUUAUGUAUGAAAAAAUACGACCAAAAUAAAUAUAUACAUUUUU